CGUACAUUUUAAUUUCUCUCAAAUCCGUGCCAUUAUAUAGAAGUACCUCAUCCAAGCGCAAGAAAUUAAUAGCUUAUGAUAUAAUAAUGUCGCGUACACUGAUUCGCACACUCGAAACUGUGGGCCGCAUCUGGCAUGUACCGACAACAGCCCGCAUCCGCGGCCGGACUGGGUUAUUCAGCGCAGAUAUUCCAAUGGCUGCCAUGAUAAGCGCAGUAAACUACUCAAAGCGCGGAUCCCCUUCGGACGCAGGCAGUCCGUUUAAGAUUGUGACCAGGACUCGUGAGCUCGCCGACGACGAUCUCAACAGCAUAGAGUCCGAGCUGAACUGGGAGUUGACUGCCACAAAGAGCAAUCGCUUCUACUUGCCAAAUGGCUUUGGCCCAGCCUGGCAGGGCUAUAAUUCCACCAUUGAGCUGAUGGCUCCACUCUCGGAGAUAGUGAAUUUCAACAAAGAGGAAAAUAAGGACAAGUCGAGCCUUGAGAUCUCCUGCUGCCAGUGUCCCAUGCUGAUACGUGACACCCUCAUCGAACUGUUCCCAGUGCGCGCCGUUGCAAGCAAGGAUACGGCCAUUACGUUGCUCACCUUGAGCUAUGAUGGUGACAUCGAAACAGGCGCCACCAAGUUUGUGCUGGCCGCCAGAGACAUCAGCGAUCGUCUCUUAUCGAUGGGCUUCUGGGCGGACUUCCUAAAUCCGUUCAGUGGACGACCCUACUUUAUGCCCAAAGAGGAUGCCAUGUUGUACAAGCAGGAUUCGCGUUUCCGCGGGCUGAAUAUGAGUCUGACCAUCAAAAACCAAUGCAUGGUGAUUGCUGCCGAGGAGAAUGACAAUACCCACUUCUCAGGGACUAUUUACUGUACGGCGCCAAGCAACUACGAUGUCCUACUGAAGAUUCUGUCGCCCAACGACGACCAGCUGAACUAUAACAGGCUCUUUUAACGGAAGACCGCUCAGUACAAUUAUCUGCCCACCACAUUAGAGGAGAGGAGUGGCAUGGAGGCUGCUAAAUUACGAAGAUAAAGCCUAUUUGUGAUUAGAACUGUGGUAACUGGUUAGAUUAUUAACUUCGACUUUGUAUAUGGCUUACAUAGACAGACGACUUGUUAUAUACUGCGAGAAUAUACAUUAUAAGAUUGUUUUGUUCCUACUA